AUGCCUCGUCACCACAUCCCAGUUGGGUUUCGCCGCAUACCCCAGCCUUCACAAAAUACACCAGUAUUCCUGCUCAACAAUGACAAAGGACACAAGUUUUCCGUUCAUCCCAUCACUCAUGGAUUGGUUAGAGUAGUGCAUGAACUUCCUGAAAAAUACAAGUCACGAUGGGGUGCGGGAAUCCAGUGGGAGUCUGUAGCAUUAUCUUUACCCGAAGAACCGGAGAUCAUUGUACAGGGAGACAGUCGAUCGACACUAAGCACAAAAUCUUUAAAGAUAUCCAUUGAUUGGUCAGACGGAUGUCCUCGCCUGCAAUGGUUUAGCACAUUACCUGGGCGAAAGUCUCCGGAUGAAGCCCCUUUCUUGUCUGAUUGCCGAACUAGAGCAUACACCUACGAUGCAGCCACUGGAGGUGUACUUCAUUAUGUAGAACGUGAAGAAUGGCUUCCCGUAUCGGAACACGAGCCAUCUCCUGCAUGUCCUCUUGGCCAGGAUGAUGAACCUUUUGUGAAUGAUCGACGAAAUGAAUACGUAUAUGGCCUUGGGGAAGCAAGUGGGGGUAUUUUGCGCACUGCGCGCAAAUUCACACUCGAGGCGAGGGAUGGCGCAGGAUACGAUUGGGAGAAUGGUGAUCCGCUUUAUAAAGUAACUCCCUUCUAUAUUAUUUUCAACAAGAAAACGGGGAUUUGGUGCGGAGUAUACUACAACUCACUGGCAAAUGAUGCCAGCAUCGAUUUUGGUGCAGAAUGCGACGCACUAUUCAACGGAUUUCGUACAUACCGUGCUGGUUGCGGUCCACUGGACUACUAUGUUAUACUGGGCGAUGGAACACUGCCGUCCGUGAUCAGCACCUAUGCGUCCUUGGUUUCCCCAUCAACCAGCAACGAUCGCCCCGAGCCGUCCUCACAAGGCAGCAGUUUCGGAUAUCUCGCCUCGAGCCUUGCGCUUGCCGCAGAACCACAUGCGCAAGACGCAGUUCUGGAUUUCGUGAAAACAUGUCGCAAGAAAGGGUUCCCGAUCGAUGCUUUACACCUGAGCACCGGAUGGUGCCAACAUCCCGACACCGAUAAUAGACACUACUUUGUCUGGAACCGGCAGAGGUAUCCGGACCCGCACGCUCUUGGUACUGCGCUGGAACAGGAAAUGAACAUACGCAUAAUAGUGAAUAUCAAGCCCUGGCUCUUGGACGACCAUCCAUUGUACGACGAGGCUUUGAAACAGGAUGCGUAUGUACGGGCAGCUGAAGACGCGCCUGAUCCUGAGAUCAAGGUAGCAAAGAGUCUCUUGUGGUCCAAUGCUCCUGGAGAACACAUGUACGGGAGCUACCUCGACUUUUCUUCGCCUGGUGCAAUUGAAUGGUGGUCCCGACAUAUCAAGGAAGAUAUCGUAGGCAUGAAUAUGACUGGAAUGUGGAUCGAUAACAACGAGUUCUCUGGGCUUGUCGAUGAUGCAGAGGUCUACGUGGGCAGAGAAUCAUUCUGGGGAGGAGGUGAAUGGGAGUCACGCUUGGGAUGGGGCGGAGGCGAGACAACUGUUGGUCAGGCUGGAAGAUUGAUACAAAUGAUGGGCAUGGCAAAGACUACGUACGACACCAUGCUCGGGCUCUUCCCCGACCGAAGACCAAUUAUUGUAACCCGCGCGGCCAUUCCUGGCAUGCAAGCAUACGCACACGGUACCUGGUCCGGGGAUAACGCAACAAGCUGGAUAGCUCUCCGCCGUGGCACAGCCAUGACACUCUCGGCAGGUAUAUCAUUCCUUCCCGGUUUGUACGGACACGAUAUCGGAGGCUUUGCCGGAAAGCACCACCCCAGUCCAGAACUGCUAGGCGCUUGGCAUACCCGCUUCACUGUCCAUAGUUGGAAGGAACUUUCCACUACGCUGUGGAUGUACGACGGGGUCGAGAUGGACGGGGUCGAAAUCACCGGUGUUCUUCGUGAUGUUCUCGCGUUCCGGUACCAGAUUAUCCCUACAAUGUAUUCGUUAUACGUCAACGAGUACUGGAAGCAAGGUUGGCCGUCUUACGGAACCUUGGCCCUCGACGAGCAAUUCUUAUUUGGCUCCCAUAUUCUUGUGGCGCCUGUUCUCUCCUUUAGUCAUCGCACCAAGCGAGUCUAUCUCCCCGGUGUGGUAGACGGCACAGACGAAGUACCAGAGUGGUGCGAACUGGACACUGGAAUAUGGCAUACAAGUCCGUCUAAUGGAGGAUUCAUUCACAUGGAUGCACCCUUGUCGCGUACCCCUGCCCUGGUUCGCGCAGGCGGUAUACUCGUGCUAUCCAACAAAUGCGCCGAGACGGUCUAUGAUGGGGAGGCCACUCGUGUAGCGCAUAUAUUCCCUAGUCUAAACUCAGAGAGCAAUGGCGCUACGGGCUCUUUCAAAUUGGUCGAGGACGACGGCAAAACGAACGAGCAUGCAGAAAAGGGAAUCUUUACUGAAUUGGAGAUCAGCUUCCAGGUUAAUCCAGGGGAAAAGGGCAAGCAAGAAGUGCAAGUCGAUGUCAAAGAAUUGAACAGUGCCUAUCCUUUGCCUUAUACCGUCAUCUGGUUUAUCCUGCCACCGGGAGAUGGUAGGAAGUUGAAGGCUGCAGCAGGAUCGACGAGGAAACUUCUGACCAAAAGUCGGAUGAUGCUCGGGUGA